AAUUAAAAUAAAAUAUAAAAUAUGUGAAAGAUACAUACUUAUUAUUAAUGAUUAAGCAAUAUUUCGUAAUUUUAAUGCCGAAUGCAUUUUUACAGCUCUGUAUAAAUAUAAUAAUAUUUUAUGAUAAACAGCAAUAAGGGUGAUAUGCGCCUUUUUUUUUUACCGUUCAUGGAAAAAAAAAACAAUUAUUAUAAGUAAGAUAAACAAAAUUCAAAUCAGUAGAAAAUGCGAAAGAAAGACAAGAAAAUAGGCUACCAGAAAUUUCACUUGAUUGUUAACUAAUAAUGUUAUAAUUCUAUUGUCAAAGUUUAUAUAACUUUUUGUUCCUUCCAUGACUGUCAUUAUUGUUCCGAUAAUUAUGAAAGUGUGAUCGAAAUAAAAGAUUAACAAAAAUUAGUUUAUUGCGUAAUUCGUAAAUGAUUUGAUUACGCGAAUUAAUGCAAUAAACUACUUCUUUUUAAUUUUUCACUUAGAUCACACUUUCAUAAUCAUAUAACACGUAGUUUAUUUUUUAAUUUGCAAUAUCGUCCAAAUAUAUUUUUAUGAUAAGAAAAAGAAAUAAUAUUAUGUCCUAUAUAAUAUUCAUUGAUAAUUUCCAUGAAUGGUUUUAACUUCGCCGUUUUAAAAACGGACGAUUAAUUAGCAAUAGAAAGGAGGAAUAACUUUUGUAUUAGCGAAUCUUCUUAAUUUGAUAAAUAUCAAUAAAUGUUCAUACACACAAACAUAUACACCGUGACAUAUAUAUCCACAAACACAUACACGCACACGCACAUAUAUAUCAUGAAAUAACGAGAUCACUAUUCUGUCGUUGAUCGGAAUUGUAAAAGUUGUUAAAAAAAAAAAGAAAAAAAGAAAAAAAAAAGAAAAACGAGAAAGAAGAACAAUAACAAUAUUACACCUAGAAAGAAAGAAAUCAAAUGUUAUCAAAAUCAUAUCACCUGAAGACAGAGAGAGAAGGAAAGAGAAAAAAAAAAUAGAAAUAAAAAAAAAGAAGACGAACAAAAGCCAUAAAAUGAUAAUAUGAAAAAUGGCAUAAUAGUAAAUAUUAUUAUUAUCAUUUGAAAAAAAAAGAAA